CGGGAUGGACAGAUGGGCGAGAUACCGACCGCGCAUGUGAGUUGAGUGACCCUAAGACCGAAGGCGUGGCUCUUCGGUUUUUGCUUGAGGAACCACCAAGGUGCGGAAGGUACAGCGUUUGCAGUCUUCAGUGGAUAACUAUCGAACGAGUUUAGUCUGUCACCCCGACGUUGCCAUGUCUGCCGGGAACGCAAAGAUCGGACAGCCUGCACCUCCCUUCCAAGUCACUGCCGUGGUGGAUCAGGAGUUCAAAGAGGUCAAGCUCUCUGACUACAAAGGGAAGUACUUGGUGCUUUUCUUCUACCCGCUCGACUUCACCUUCGUCUGUCCCACGGAGAUCGUGGCGUUCAGUGACCGGGUAGACGAGUUCCGUAAGAUCGGCUGUGAGGUCGUCGCUGCCUCUGUCGACUCCCACUUCAGUCACCUGGCCUGGAUAAACCAACCACGGAACAAGGGUGGGCUGGGGCCUAUGAAAAUCCCCCUGCUGGCAGAUGUGCAGAAGUCUAUCUCCAGGGACUACGGCGUGCUGAAGGAGGAUGAGGGAAUUGCCUACAGAGGCCUGUUUGUGAUCGACGAUAAGGGUGUGUUGAGGCAGAUCACCAUUAACGACCUGCCUGUGGGACGCUCGGUGGAUGAGACCCUACGGCUGGUGCAGGCCUUUCAGCACACUGACAAGUAUGGAGAAGUGUGCCCAGCCGGCUGGAAACCAGGAAGCGACACCAUUGUUCCAGACGUCCAGAAGAGCAAGGAUUAUUUCUCCAAACAGAAAUGAGCCGUCCUGUCCUGUCCCAUGUGCACUGUUCCCCCUGAACCCAAGCACUGCUCCCAAUUACUGGCCAAUCCCCCAGUGCCUCCAUGCACGUGCUCUAGACACUGCAUUCUGUUUUUGAUAGAAGUCUUGUCUGAGUGAAAGUGAAGUGGUGGAUUGCUUGUAUGCACUUAAACUGUAAUAAGAGUAAUGUUUCUUUUUUAGAAAGUUAUGAAGGACAGAGAAAUGAAGAAAACCCUAGUAUUUGUAUGGCGGCCAAGCUGAUCAAUAUUGGAUGUGUCAAGAGAACGGAAAUAAUUAUUUUGGGUAAUUUCAGUGUCUGUGUGCCUGGGGAAAUAAAGAUCAAACUGAAUUUAA